AUGUUUUCCGGAUAUUUUCCAGCUGUCAUUUUUUUUUUAUGUGAUGAAGUGCUCUCUGCGCAUGCUCUUUCCAGGUAGCAACGGUGUUCAGAAAUUUUGAGAAGAAUGACAACGUACAGGGGAGCAGACUCCAAACGGGAGGAAUUCCGAAGAUAUUUGGAAAAAGCUGGUGUCUUGGAUGCCCUCACAAAAGUUUUAGUUGGUCUAUAUGAAGAACCAGAAAAACCAAAUAAUGCAUUAGACUUUUUGAAGCAGCAUUUAGGAGCCUCUGGUCCAGAAACGGCUGAUGUCGAAGCUUUGAAAUUGGAAGUGACAGAGCUUAGACAGAAAGUAGAACAACUGACUGAAGAAAAUCGGGAAAUGAAAGCAAAGAUACAACAGUUUGAAGAGGAACCAACGCAGACUGCCUAAUUACAUGUACUUAAAUCCGUUAAGGGACAUUCAGAGACUUGUACUUCUGAAUUUACAAACAUGUAUACAUGGACGUGUUACAGUACACUCACAUUUCAUGAGAUCAUGAAAUUAGGAGUCUGAUCUGUUUCUAGAUUCUAAAGACUUGUUCAAUUUUGCCACUCUAUUUUAAUUUCUUUUUAUUUAAACUUUUAAAUCAUUAUGGUAUUAACAAAUAAAUGUUCAUCCAAAUUGUAAAUUGAAAUAACUGAAAUAUCUAAGGGGAAAAUUUUAACUGAUUUGAUCACUGGCACAUUUGUGUCAAAUUAAGGUAGUCAAUCCAAAACAACCUUAUUUUUAAUCAGUAAUGAUGUGUAUCACUCCAUCUUUAAUAUCAAUUUGGAGUUUGGUACAAAUGAAAAUAAUUCGCCAAAAGAUUUUUUUAGAUAUGGUACUUUGUAACUAUUCCUAAAGUUAUCACUUUAUCUUUGGGGAAAAAACACGAUUCAUUGAGAAUUUCAGGAACAAAGUCAAAUAAUAAGAAAUCUACUUGUUAAAGUUUGCAUAGAGUCAUUACUUUGUGAAAUUUGACGAAAUGUGAAGGUAACUUGUCAAUGUUUUUCAUUUUUGAACAACUAAUGAAAAAUUUCAUUGUGCAAAAAGUUAACUUUAUUUAACACGACAGUUAAAUGAAACUGCUUCAUAAUUAAUAAUCUUUAGAUUUUUUUUAAAUAACCUGCGUUAUGGAUCGACUACCUUAAUAUUUGGAUUGGUGAGGGUAGUCUACAUGUUAUAACAAUAUGCUCACUGGUUGAGAGUACUUUACGUUUACAUUGUUCUACAUUCGUUUUUUAAUUUUGACUUGUACAUAAAAAACAUUCCUUGAAUGUUUGUUCAAUAUGGCUUCAUUUACCGUUUACCAAUCAUAUUAAACAUUGAACAAAAAUGA